ACGAAUCCGUCUACUGCUAGAGCAAAAUGGCGACGUCAACAUGUCGCGGGAAGCGAGAGACGUUUAAUUGACUGAACUGCAUGGAAAGUUUUAGAUCACUAUGGACAUGCAGGAACCGAUGACAUCUGCUUCAGAGAGAGAAACGCUUCAAGAAGAAAUUAAACGUAUACAGUUGGCUCUUGAAGGGAACUACGACGAUGGUUCAGGGGACGAAAACGGUUUGGAUGGAAGUGAGGAUGAAGAUGCCCUGAACAUUGAUGAAGAUUGUGAAGAAAACCCAACCGAGGACCAUCGACUGAUCCAAGUGGGCGAAGAAGCCACCGAUCUUGAUCAUGGGAUUGAAGAGUUUGAAGAUGGUGAAAUUGUUCAUCUUGGUAAUAGAGGAGGAAGUGGGUCUCUCCUGGGUGAGAAUGCUGGGUAUGUGGCCAGCCUGGCAUUAAACAGGGCCUACCAGGAGGUGAUCAAGGACUGCUUGAAGCGCAUUGAAGAUCUGCUGACCUCCAACUCAGAGAGACAGGAUGAACUGUCACAUGAGUUAGAAGACCGGGUGUUGAUCCGACCCAACUCUGUCAUUUCCAGGAAGAACCAGCUUUCCAAUUACAGUGUGCCUUACUUUAAAGAUGCAGACGGAAUGUACCCACCGUCAAAUGAGGAUGUUAGACUGAAAUGUGCCAGAGCCGAGGUCAGAGCGCAUGAAAUGAGGCCAUCCAUAUGGAAGUCAUCACACAAGGAGAGUCUGAAGAAAGCUGUGUUGAAUGACGCCAGAGAGAAGUUACUGAGGCCUUAUAUGAACAGGAAGGAGAUUGAAAUGGAGAAGCUGUGUGCUGCUCAAAAAGCGACAGAGGAGUGUAAGUUUAGACUGACACUUGAUAUGGAGGAUGAGGAGGAGAAUGAUGAGGAUGACGAGGAAAAUGAGGAGGACAUUUCUGAUGAGGACUGGGAAGAUGAAGAAGAGAAGCAUAAAAAGCAAAAAGUACCAAAAGAUUCCAGCAGGGAGAAACUGUAAGUAUUGUGGGGAU